AUGAAAGCUCUAUUCGACCUUACGGCAUCGCAGGAAAUUUACGCACCACAUUCCAUAAGAAUGGAGGGAGACCUGACCCUUGGUGGUCUCUUCCCUGUGCACGCCCGGGGGAUCCCGGGGGAACCGUGUGGGGACAUCAAGAAAGAGAACGGGAUCCAUCGUCUCGAAGCUAUGAUGUACGCCUUGGACCAAAUCAACAGUGAUGACGAUCUUCUUCCCAAUGUCACCCUAGGUGCUCGGGUACUGGAUACGUGUUCGAGGGACACCUAUGCUCUGGAACAGUCCUUGACUUUUGUGCAGGCACUCAUACAAAAAGACACUUCGGACGUGAGGUGUAUGAACGGUGAACCGCCAGUGUUCGUCAAGCCAGAGAAAGUUGUUGGAGUGAUAGGAGCUUCAGCAAGUUCUGUAUCGAUCAUGGUGGCGAACAUAUUACGUCUGUUUCAGAUUCCUCAGAUCAGCUAUGCCUCCACGGCCCCGGAGCUGAGCGAUGACCGACGGUAUGACUUCUUCUCUCGUGUGGUGCCCCCGGACUCUUUUCAAGCCCAGGCCAUGGUGGACAUAGUCAAGGCCAUGGGCUGGAACUACAUAUCUACCGUAGCAUCAGAAGGAUCCUAUGGAGAGAAGGGAGUGGAUACCUUCCAUCAGCUGUCCAGAGAAUCAGGUGGGAUCUGCAUCGCUCAGUCCUUAAAGAUCCCUCACAAUCACAAGCAGGAGAACUUCGACAAGAUCAUCAGGCUGCUUCUGGAGACUCGUUACGCCCGGGCAGUCGUCCUCUUCGCCUCAGAUGAGGACAUACGGGGUAUCCUGAAUGCCAGUAAGAGAGCUGACCAGGUGGGUCAUUUCCUGUGGAUCGGUUCAGACAGCUGGGGAGCCAAGAACAGCCCUGUCCAUCAGCUAGAGGAAGCAGCAGUGGGAGCUGUCACUAUCCUGCCAAAGAGAGCAACCAUUGCCGGCCAGGAGCGGAUCGGGACGGACUCUAAGUACGAGCAAGAGGGGAAGGUUCAGUUUGUGAUCGAUGCGGUCUACGCCAUGGCCCACGCCCUUCACAACAUGCAGAGAGACCUGUGUCCCGACGUCUCUGGGAUCUGUCCCGAUAUGGACUUGGCCGGCGGCAAGAAACUGCUUAAGUAUAUCCGCAGUGUCACCUUCAAUGGAAGUGCGGGGACGUCAGUGAAUUUCAACAGGAACGGUGAUGCUCCGGGACGUUACGACCUGUUCCAGUAUCAGAUCAACAACAACAGUUCCCCGGGAUACAAGCACAUUGGACAAUGGACAGAGACAUUACAGCUCAACAUUGAGGAUAUGCAGUGGCCUAAUGGACAGACAGAGAUCCCCAGCUCUGUGUGCAGUCAGCCCUGCAAGACAGGAGAGAGGAAGAAGACAGUGAAAGGCAUGCCGUGUUGCUGGCACUGUGAACCUUGUGAUGGCUACCAGUACCAGUAUGAUGAAACAUCAUGCAAGCUGUGCUCCUACAGCAUGAUGCCCAACCCCAACAGGACGGCAUGUCAGCCCAUCCCCAUUGUGAAGCUGGAGUGGCACUCCCCUUGGGCAGUGAUCCCAGUCUUCCUCGCCAUGCUGGGCAUCAUCGCCACCAUCUUCGUCAUGGCAACCUUCAUCCGCUACAACGACACGCCCAUCGUCCGUGCGUCGGGCCGUGAGCUGAGCUAUGUCCUCCUCACCGGGAUCUUCCUCUGUUACAUUAUCACCUUCGUCAUGAUCGCCAAACCCGACGUCGCCGUCUGCUCAUUCCGCCGGAUCUUCCUGGGUCUGGGCAUGUGCAUCAGCUACGCCGCGUUACUCACCAAGACCAACCGGAUCUACCGGAUCUUUGAAGAAGGUAAGACGUCGGUGACGGCACCCAGGCUGAUCAGCCCGACCUCCCAGCUGGCCAUCACCUCUUCCCUAAUUUCCGCUCAGCUACUGGGUGUCUUCAUCUGGUUCGGUGUGGAUCCCCCUAACACCAUCGUCGACUACGACGAACAGAAGAGCAUCAACUCAGACCAGGCUAGAGGAGUGUUGAAAUGUGACAUCACGGAUCUGCAGAUUAUAUGCUCGCUGGGUUAUAGCAUCCUACUCAUGGUCACGUGUACGGUGUACGCGAUCAAGACGCGGGGUGUCCCGGAGAACUUUAACGAGGCCAAGCCCAUUGGAUUCACCAUGUAUACCACCUGUAUAGUCUGGCUAGCCUUCAUACCCAUCUUCUUUGGGACAGCGCAGUCCGCAGAAAAGCUAUAUAUCCAGACCACCACCCUCUGUAUCUCUAUGAAUCUUAGUGCCUCGGUGGCCUUGGGGAUGCUUUACAUUCCUAAAGUCUACGUCAUCAUCUUCCAUCCGGAGCUUAAUGUCCAGAAGAGGAAGAGGAGCUUCAAGGCGGUGGUGACGGCCGCGUCCCUGACAACACGCCUCUCACACAAGACCAGUGACAGGCCCAAUGGAGAGGCCAAGACGGAACUGUGUGAAAACAUUGAUCCAAACAGUAAGUAUCACCAAACCAGGGCCCGUAUUCACAAAGAGUCUCAGGGUAGCAGUGCUAUUUCUAGGAGUAGGAGUGCUGAUCUAGUAGGAGUGCUGAUCUAG